GCAGGGAAGCGCCGCUGGCCGCGCAGUCGUCCGCCAUGGUUUCCUUACAUCUCGUUCCCCGUUUGAUCGCGCUGCUGCUGCUGCUUCCUGGACGCAUCCGGUCGUCUUCUCCGGUGUUUAACUCGUUGCUGAGCGAUCUCCAGGGGGAUCCCGAGCUCGAAGAGCGCUGUCGCGACUUGCUGCGCGACUUCGGCCGCAGGUACGAGUCGUACGUCAAGUGUGCGGUUCCGUCGGCCCGGCCGGUGAGGAUCUGUGAGAACUGUCACAUCCAGUUCGAGAUGCUGCGGGUGGUUUACAAUAACAUCUCGUCGGACCAGGCGGACCCCGAGAACUGCCGAGACAGCCUCCUGCGCGCCGACCGCCUCAUGCUCGUUUACAUGCUCUUCCAGAACCUGGAGGACGUGUGGGACGUGGCGCACUGCUCCCAAUGCCUCAGUGGAGACGGGCUGUCCAACAUCACCCUGCGCUACAUGGCCAAGCUGAACCAGUCGCUGAGUUGUUUCGAAAGCCAGAAAAACAACCACUCGGAGCUGUGCAGGGUGUGCAGGGCAGACUACAAGGAUCUCAACGAGUUCUACAGCAUCAUGGAGAAGAAUCAGACCCUCUGCAUCGACAUCGAGGACUCGAUGAACGCGACCCGCAGACUGUGGAGCAAGGAUUUCAAUUGUUCGUUCCCCCGAGAGGAGACUGUGCCGGUCAUCGCUGUGUCCAGCUUCAUGCUGUUCCUGCCCAUCAUCUUCUACUUGAGUAGCUUCCUUCACUCGGAACAAAAGAAGCGCAGACUCAUACACCCCAAGCGUGCAAAAUCAAACAACAGCCUGAUGAACAUUCAAGACAAGCACAGCUGAGCAAGCGCACGGCAGGGGGCGGCGCGAGGGGAGAGGAGUCGCAUGACGAUGGAGUCAUCGUUGUCGCACGCUCACGGGAUCGCACGCUGGUGGAGGAGUCAUGGUGUCCACCUCCAGUGUCUCGCUGUCUUUCCGCCAGUGCCGCACGCUUCAGGGACUGCCUUAAAUUUGGCCUUGGAGGUGAGGUGGGAGAGGGGGGGGAGUGGGUGGGUCACACUUCACACCAGACAUUCGACUGAUCAACUUGGGGAAGGAAAUGACAUCACCAGAUAAUUUAUGUACUUAGUGCUUUCAUUUUACUCUAACCUAUUUGUGCAGUGCGAGAAAAUUGGCGUUAAUUUAUUGUCGCAGUGGUACAACAGUAGAGUUUCGCCUUGGGCUCAACUAUGACCUCGCGGUUCCCGAGCUGCCUUUGUUCCCUUAAAACACAAUGAAAGCGGUGCUGACGGAAAGUGACAUCACCGUGCAACGUGCCACAUCAUGCACUUUGUUUACCCUCAAUCUCCCUGUCUUUGCUACAUGAAUCCCAUCAGCCUCAUAACUGUUUCAUGGGGGACAUGGGUUCUGCUAAAGAAUCAUCUAAGUUGGGGUUUCGUGUCCAAGAAGGGUGACGGCGUCCUCCUCUGGCGGGAAGGGGUCAUCGCUGCUUUUGGUUUCUGUGGAAUUGACUUCCAUGUUCUUGUCUUGACUUCAUUCACACAGACUCUGGUGGCCCACACCCCCCUUUCUCCAUGUUCCCAUCUCCAUCCCUCCAGUUCUCACACAACGGAGCUUGGGGAACCUUCUGUUUUCCACCCACGGCUGUAACAGCGUAACGGGUCAUUUUUGUAGCUUUAAGACAUUUGCACAGUUUAUUUUUCCGGUAGUCAAGAAUUUUGGCUUGCGGCGCUGCAGUAGGAUUGCCCUUUACUACAUUGUGCGUCUUUCUUUUUUUCCUCCCCCCAGCACAGCUUCUCACCAUAUUACUGCCUUAAAAUCAUAUAAACAUCUGAUUUCACUUAAUUUAAAUUACAUGUCAAUAUCACAGUAUAUUCUCCUUUCACCACUCAGUGUUUUUUGGAAUGAAAUUUUCACCUAA